GUGAGCAAGAGUUCUUCCGACGGAGUCUUAAAGGUUAAUGUCAUGAAGCCAUGAACCAGAGGUCAAAAGAAGAUAUGUUUGUUAGCCAUGUUCGCGAUUCGAUCGACUGUUGUCGAGCACUUGAUGCUAUCGACGAGUGCGGGCAGAAAUGCUUGAAUGUGUAUUACGGAAGCGCCGGAAUCUGGUGAUUGUGAUUGUGUGGCAGUGGCCCAAUCCCAUUCCCCGGGCCCAUUCCGGAGCACCGCUCCGCACCGAUCCAUGGGGCGUUCCAUUUGGAACGUGACGCGGUCAACGCUUCCGCGACCCAUUUGUUCGCCGUUGUAAAUAAGUGCCGCGGUGGAUGAAGAAGCAGCUCUCGGCCAGCGCAGCGUAUUUAAGAGCUAUUCAGCAAAUUGCAUGAAAGAGUUUCGCACGCGACCGACCAACAGCCAACAAGUGCCAUCCGACGGCGAUCCGGGACAGAAAUUCCAGUAAUUGUGGGGAAAUUGAUAGCGAUCGAGGGAGAAAUUCAGUGGAAAGAUGUUCGAACGCAGCAGUUUGUUGUUUGUGGCCGUGCUGAUGACUUCGGCCCUGUUGACCCAAGCCCAUUUUCCGGAGUAUUGUGCGGAAUGUGAGCAGGAAGUGUGGGAGCAGGUGCCGUGCAGCGAAGUGUCCACCACGGUCUCGCCGCCAAUCACUGUCCCCGCCACCAGCACCACAGGAAGACCUCCCACCACCGUGGUGCCCACUACAGCGCCCAUCUUUUCAACCACCACCACCCUGGCACCAGACACCCCCACCACCCAGCCAUCCACCUACAAGAAGUGCUACUGCGAGUGCAAGCUGGGCUGCAAGGAGUUCUGCCGCAAGGUGAUCUCGUCCGGACCCAAGCAACCGCUGACCCAGAUCUCCGCCAUCGGAGAGUUUGCACCCGGUGGCCAGGUGGAGUACACGCAUGUGCAUCAGCGCAAGUACUUCCCCAAGUACGGUGGCGAGGGCUACGCCGGAUUGGUGGGACCCGUGGACGGACCCAAGGCCUAUAAGCCAUAUCCCUUGGUCUACGAACAGGCAGCUGCAGCCUCACCGGCGUCCAAUCCGGCGGUGGCCUCCUCGCCGGCGGUGGCCAACAUAGCUGCGCCCAAUUACACGCUGGAAGAGCUGGCCCAACUGCUGAGCUCUGCCUACGGCAGUAAGAAGUUCUAUCCGGCCGGUGUGCCAUCUCAGCCACGCCCCCAAAUUCAACUGCAGCCAGCGCCCUACUACUCCCCAGUUCCUGUCUACUCGAAACCAUUGGUACCGCUCGUGAGCAAAGUGGCCACGGCACCCAAACUGACCGCCGGCAUUAGUUAUGCCGCCUCGGCGGUUUCAUCCUCGUCGGGUGGUUCGGUGGCCAAGAUAAAGACGCCCUACGAGGAGAAGAUUGUGGUGGCCACCCCGCCUACAAUUUACGACAGGACCACCUCGUAUCCAAUUGUUGAGGAGCCCAAGGCCUAUGCAGCGCCCCAAACGGAAAACUAUCCAGUUGUGCAGAGCCAAACGCAGUUGCCUAUCUAUCCGAGUCCCACGGAGUCGUAUCCCAGCCACAAAGAGGCGUACCCCAGCAUCACGGAGGCAUAUCCCAGCCAAACGGAGGCCUAUCAGCCCCACACGGAGAACUAUCCUGUGCCAGAGCCUCAGCCGGAGGUGAAGCCAUAUGGUGGCCCCGAAUCUGGCCCUGACAAGCCAUCCUCGACCUUUGACCUGGCCAUCGAUAACUACCUGAAGGACUUUGGUUACGGCAACCAGGGAAGAGGCUAUGUGAACUACUGAGUUCCACUCGUUGUUGUUAGGUUAAGACUUAUUCCUAGGGGUGAUUUUAUUUAUUUAUAGGCAGUAAAGCUGUUGACUUAAUGAUGAUUAAAAUAAUUUAAAAUUUUAUUCAUGGAAGUUUGA